GUCUAACUAUACGCGCAGUACUCGCGUGGACAACCAUAGCUAUCACAGUUUCAACACGACUCAACGCACUCAAAUCCAAACACAGUUCAUUGACCCCUUACUGCUCCCCUGAUUUCACAUACUUCACAGUAUCAAACCCUAACUCAUCAGCCAUCUCCACCAUUUAUCCUCACUAUCACCAUACCUAACAUUUCUCUCAAAUCAGAGCUCACUGCUUCACAAUCACACUCUCAAUUCAGAGCCGGAGACUUUAUAGCAUUUCUGGUACUAUUUGAGAAAUUUAUAAUGGGAAGUUCGAUGGAUCACAGCUCAGAAGAGGAUUCAGAUAUAAGUGAAUCCGAAAUGGUUGAGUACAAAGAUAAAUCUUAUGAAAAACUGAAGAGUGGAAAUUGCAAUGUGAAAAUCUCAGAGGAAAAUUUUAUUUGCCCUUACUGCCCCAAGAAAAGAAAGAGAGAUUUCCUUUAUAAGGAUCUUCUACAACAUGCUUCUGGGGUGGGCAAAAGUACUUCAGACAAAAGAAGUGUAAAAGAAAGGGCAAACCACCUAGCUUUGGCAAAAUACUUAGAGAAAGAUCUAGAGAAUGAAGGAAGUUCAUCAAAACGUGCGAAGGAAGAUGACCCUCCGAUUAGUUGUAAUCAUGAUGAAAAGUUUGUCUGGCCUUGGGUAGGCGUCGUGGUUAAUAUUCCGACUAGAAGGGUAGAUAAUGGGCGGUUUGUCGGAGCAAGUGGAUCCAAGUAUAGAGAUGAGCUGAUAAAGAGAGGGUUUAACCCUACAAGAGUCCAUCCUCUGUGGAAUUACCGAGGUCAUUCAGGAACUGCUAUUGUGGAAUUUAAAAAAGAUUGGCCUGGUCUACAUAAUGCUAUGUCGUUCGAGAUAGCUUAUGAGGCAGAUCAUCAUGGGAAAAAGGAUUGGUAUGCUAGUAAUCAGGAAAAAUCUGGCAUUUAUGCUUGGGUUGCCCGUUCUGAUGACUACAAUUUAAACAAUAUUGUUGGGGAGCACCUGCGCAAAGUUGGAGACCUUAAAACCAUUUCUGAAAUGAUGGAGGAAGAAGCUCGAAAGCAGGAUCAACUCGUAUCUAAUCUUACAAACAUGAUUGAGGAAAAAAACAAGCACUUGCAAGAGAUGGAGCAAAGAUGCACUGAGACUUCAAACUCUGUUGAGAAGUUAAUGGUGGAGAAAGAUAAGCUUCUUCAAGCAUAUAAUGAAGAGAUAAAGAAAAUACAACUGAGUGCACGAGAUCACUUUCAGAGGAUUUUUAGUGACCAUGAAAAACUGAAGUUGCAAGUAGAGUCUCAUAAAAAAGAGCUCGAGUUGCGUGGGGUAGAAUUGGAAAAGCGUGAGGCACAAAAUGAAAGUGAUACAAAAGCUCUUGCUGAAGAGAUUGCAAAGAAUGCCAUGAGAAAUAGUUCGCUUCAAUUGGCCGCAUUGGAGCAACAGAAAGCUGAUGAAAAAGUUAUGAAGCUGGCCGAAGAUCAGAAGAGGCAGAAGGAGGAACUUCAUAAUAGGAUAAUUCAAUUGGAGAAACAACUGGAUGCUAAACAAGCACUAGAAUUGGAAAUUGAACGAAUGAGAGGAACGUUAAAUGUGAUGAAGCACAUGGAAGGUGAUGAAGAUUGUGAAGUUCUACAAAAUAUGGACACAUUGAUUAAAGAUAUGAGGGAAAAGGAAGGGGAACUUGAAGAUUUAGAAGCAUUGAACCAAACACUAAUCAUUCGAGAGCGUAAAAGCAAUGAUGAGCUGCAGGAUGCUCGUAAGGAAUUAAUUAGUUUCUUGAAAGAGAUACCAGCCCGUGCUGAUAUUGGUGUUAAAAGAAUGGGAGAACUUGACAAUAGACCAUUUCUUGAAGCUAUGAAGAGAAAGUAUAAUGAUGAAGAAGCAGAGGACAGAGCUUCGGAACUUUGUUCACUAUGGGAGGAAUUUCUUAAGGAUCCGGACUGGCAUCCUUUCAGGGUUGUUACAGUUGGAGAGAAACAUCAGUUUCAGGUACUAUUUGAGAAAUUUAUAAUGGGAAGUUCGAUGGAUCACAGCUCAGAAGAGGAUUCAGAUAUAAGUGAAUCCGAAAUGGUUGAGUACAAAGAUAAAUCUUAUGAAAAACUGAAGAGUGGAAAUUGCAAUGUGAAAAUCUCAGAGGAAAAUUUUAUUUGCCCUUACUGCCCCAAGAAAAGAAAGAGAGAUUUCCUUUAUAAGGAUCUUCUACAACAUGCUUCUGGGGUGGGCAAAAGUACUUCAGACAAAAGAAGUGUAAAAGAAAGGGCAAACCACCUAGCUUUGGCAAAAUACUUAGAGAAAGAUCUAGAGAAUGAAGGAAGUUCAUCAAAACGUGCGAAGGAAGAUGACCCUCCGAUUAGUUGUAAUCAUGAUGAAAAGUUUGUCUGGCCUUGGGUAGGCGUCGUGGUUAAUAUUCCGACUAGAAGGGUAGAUAAUGGGCGGUUUGUCGGAGCAAGUGGAUCCAAGUAUAGAGAUGAGCUGAUAAAGAGAGGGUUUAACCCUACAAGAGUCCAUCCUCUGUGGAAUUACCGAGGUCAUUCAGGAACUGCUAUUGUGGAAUUUAAAAAAGAUUGGCCUGGUCUACAUAAUGCUAUGUCGUUCGAGAUAGCUUAUGAGGCAGAUCAUCAUGGGAAAAAGGAUUGGUAUGCUAGUAAUCAGGAAAAAUCUGGCAUUUAUGCUUGGGUUGCCCGUUCUGAUGACUACAAUUUAAACAAUAUUGUUGGGGAGCACCUACGCAAAGUUGGAGACCUUAAAACCAUUUCUGAAAUGAUGGAGGAAGAAGCUCGAAAGCAGGAUCAUCUCGUAUCUAAUCUUACAAACAUGAUUGAGGAAAAAAACAAGCACUUGCAAGAGAUGGAGCAAAGAUGCACUGAGACUUCAAACUCUGUUGAGAAGUUAAUGGUGGAGAAAGAUAAGCUUCUUCAAGCAUAUAAUGAAGAGAUAAAGAAAAUACAACUGAGUGCACGAGAUCACUUUCAGAGGAUUUUUAGUGACCAUGAAAAACUGAAGUUGCAAGUAGAGUCUCAUAAAAAAGAGCUCGAGUUGCGUGGGGUAGAAUUGGAAAAGCGUGAGGCACAAAAUGAAAGUGAUACAAAAGCUCUUGCUGAAGAGAUUGCAAAGAAUGCCAUGAGAAAUAGUUCGCUUCAAUUGGCCGCAUUGGAGCAACAGAAAGCUGAUGAAAAAGUUAUGAAGCUGGCCGAAGAUCAGAAGAGGCAGAAGGAGGAACUUCAUAAUAGGAUAAUUCAAUUGGAGAAACAACUGGAUGCUAAACAAGCACUAGAAUUGGAAAUUGAACGAAUGAGAGGAACGUUAAAUGUGAUGAAGCACAUGGAAGGUGAUGAAGAUUGUGAAGUUCUACAAAAUAUGGACACAUUGAUUAAAGAUAUGAGGGAAAAGGAAGGGGAACUUGAAGAUUUAGAAGCAUUGAACCAAACACUAAUCAUUCGAGAGCGUAAAAGCAAUGAUGAGCUGCAGGAUGCUCGUAAGGAAUUAAUUAGUUUCUUGAAAGAGAUACCAGCCCGUGCUGAUAUUGGUGUUAAAAGAAUGGGAGAACUUGACAAUAGACCAUUUCUUGAAGCUAUGAAGAGAAAGUAUAAUGAUGAAGAAGCAGAGGACAGAGCUUCGGAACUUUGUUCACUAUGGGAGGAAUUUCUUAAGGAUCCGGACUGGCAUCCUUUCAGGGUUGUUACAGUUGGAGAGAAACAUCAGGAAGUAAUAAAUGAGGAAGACGAAAAAUUGGAAGGUCUGCAGAAAGAAUUGGGUGAUGAUGUGUACAAGGCAGUGACAUCAGCGUUAGUGGAGAUAAAUGAAUACAAUCCAAGUGGGAGGUAUAUCACCUCAGAGUUAUGGAAUUAUAAGGAAAGAAGGAAGGCACCACUGAAAGAAGGAGUGACAUUGUUACUAAAAUACUUUAAAGCGGCAGUGAAACGCUCGGGAGGAACAGUUUGAAGGAAGUGACGAUCUAUUGCCAAGAACCCAAUUUGGAGUUAUUUAACGCAAAAGCGGGAGACACAUGGCACGUUAGCUGCCGGGUGAUCUCACGAGAAUCAAGCCUUGAUUCACUGUUGUACACUAUUGAAUUCCUUGUUUGAAUUUAUGGAAUGAACUGUGUCUAUGCCAUUCUGCAGCCUGAAGCUGUUGAGGGAUAGCAUGAAGUUUGUUAAAUAAGAGACCAAUUUGGUCUUGUUUUAAAGCAUUCU